GUGUGUGUAUGUGUGUGUCACUGUGUGUGGUGUGUGUGUGUGUGAGUGAGCACUGCUGGCGCAGCCGACCAAGCCGCGAGCGAGCCCCAGUUCAGUGUGCGUGAUUUCCACCGUCGCUUCUCCACCUCCGCCUAGCCAGGUAGACUGUACAGGCCUCAUGAUACAUACGGUUCUCUCAGGCCUCUAGGUAAACUGAUUGCCAGACCGACCGUGAGCUAGGGUUACCUCGCUCGUGCGGGUUGCUUGUGAGCAAUACAUACACACACUCGCUCACUCUGCGUCUGCCUCGGUCUAUCUGAUAGAAAAAUCAACUCGCGAUUCCGCUCUGGGCCUGCAUAAUCAUACGGGGUGAGAGGCGCUUAAAAACUGAACUGGAAAGCAAAAGUGCGAAUAAUGAUAAUAUGCCUUGCGUAAGAUAAGUAUUUAAAAAAGAAAUCCUGCUUGUAUUAUCUCGCGCUUUCGUGUUGGCUGUGGAUACUCUUGUUCACCUUCGGACUUAUCAUCGUACUGUUUCUUUUCUGCGACUGUGGAAAGGAGGACAUACUAUUUUGACGUGUGACAAUGCUGUGCGGCUGGCGACUCGUUCACUCCUGAUGCUCGGGUGUGCAGUAGGGCUGUGUGUUGUCCAAUUCUAGUUCGGGUUUGUGUAACAGUGUGACACGAGGGGAAAAAAACUCAGUGGCACACACCACCAUGCCCAAGGCCCCUCUGACGAGCAAUAAGAGUGGACCAAUCUGAUUGUGCCCACACCGAAAGCCACCAACUUUCGACGACGACGACGACGACUGUGACUGCAAUUUUUUCGACCCCCAGAGAGGCGGCAAAGAGUUCUCAGCUUACUCUAACUCCACACCAAACAGCUGAAAAAUCUUCUUCUCAGUCAAGCCAGUUCGCUUGCUAUUUCGGAAGAUUACUAUUGUAACGACAAGAACACCAGGACUACAAAUAAGCCCCCGGACGGAUCACUGCCACGUCCUUUACGCACGAAUUUUUCUUUCUCUAAACCGUUGCUAGUUGCAGUGGAAUCUACUGCUCGCCAAUUAGCAACUGCGUCACACGCUGUCAACUGUGAGUGGAUCUUUUGCCUUUGCAGUUUGGAUUUAUCACCACCAGCCGUUUAAUAGAGAUUGCUGCAAUUUCAACAUCUUGACAAAAAGUCUUCAGUAUUCAACUGACAUUUGUUUUUCCUUUAGUGUGUCUCAAAUGCUGUAGGAGCAUUGGUUUCAAUCUUUCCCGGAAAGGAUUACCUCUUAAAAUAGAUAUACUACUCCGUUUUGAGGAUUAGCAGCUCUCAACCAAAAAGUGAAACAUCGACGCGAACGUUGGUCUUCGAUUCCCGAAGGCACAAGUCCAACUAUUCUUCCUUUUUCUUCCCCUGGACCAUGCUCCUUGCUGACCUUCCGGACAAAUGACCUCGGGCGGCGGGCGCUUUGAUUUCGAUGAUGGCGGCACCUAUUGCGGCGGCUGGGAGGAUGGCAAGGCGCACGGCAAUGGCGUCUGCACUGGCCCCAAGGGUCAGGGUGAGUACGCCGGGGCCUGGCAGUACGGCUUCGAGGUCUCCGGCGUGUACACCUGGCCCUCCGGAAACGCCUACAAGGGCCAGUGGUUCCAGGGCAAGCGACACGGGCUGGGAGUAGAGAACAAGGGCCGAUGGAUGUACCGGGGCGAGUGGACGCAGGGCUUCAAGGGCCGCUACGGCGUCCGGCAGAGCACCACGUCCGGCGCCAGGUACGAGGGCACGUGGACCACCGGACUACAGGACGGAUACGGCUGUGAGAGUUACGCGGACGGAGAUCAAGGUGCGCUGGGCACCUACCAGGGACAAUGGUACCGCGGAACUCGACACGGCUACGGCGUCCGGCAGAGCGUACCCUACGGCCUGGCCUCCCACUACCGGCCCAAGGCCAUGCGCGCGUCCUUGACCUCUCUGCGCUCCGAGAACGAGGACGAGCUGGUGGUCAAGUCCCGGGACAAGAAGCUGGACGAGAGUCGCGGAGGGUUCGUGCUCAAAGCCAAGUCGGACGAAACCCCUCCGACCAGGCGUCGCUCCAUCUUCGACAAGCAGGGCCGCUCGAGCCUGAGGAAGACGCUCAUGUCUGGCCUCAAGCUGAAGAAGCAGAAGAGCACCGGGGACAUCAACGACUCGCCGAAACGGCAGACCGGCUCCGUCCGCUCCACCAUCUCCAAUAUCAGUCACGUGAGCGCCGAUUCCAGCCAGUCCGGCGUCACGACCGCCUCGGUGUACACGGACAGCAACUUGAGUUUCGUGAGCCAGGACGACAUCACCGAUGUGAACGUCACCGAGACGUACAUGGGGGAGUGGAAGAACGACAAGCGCUCCGGCUUCGGCAUCAGCGAGCGCUCCGACGGCCUCAAGUACGAGGGCGAGUGGUACAACAACCGGAAAUACGGAUACGGCGUGACCACCUUCAAGGACGGCACGAGAGAGGAAGGGAAGUACAAAAACAACGUGCUCAUCUCGUCUGGCAAGAAGAAUAAAUUGUUUCUUAUACGAACUUCUAAACUGCGGGAACGGGUAGACAACGCGGUGCUCUCGGCUCAGAGGGCGGCGCAGAUAGCGCUACAGAAAGCGGACAUUGCCAUCACCAGAAUGGCAAACGCCCGGGCGAAGGCGGAAGCCGCGGACCAUGCAGCCGAGCGAGCACAGAAAGACAGCGACAUCGCGAGGUUAAAAGCCAAGGAGUUUGCACCAGAAUUCCACCAGCCAGGCACCGAUAUCAUCAAAAAGCAACUGGAAAAUAACGAGAUCGAGUACGACUUCAGUCACGUACAGGGUCUGGGUAACCACCAGCCACAUCGCUCCAAGUCGCUGAACACACCCCAUCAACAGUCCCACUUUGACGGGCAGGACCCCAGUGGGCUGUCUGCUUUGGCUGCUCUUCAGGCUGAAGGUGGCCCGCACGGAAUGGCCAACGACUACAGCCACCAUCAGCAUCAGCAGCUCCUCAACAUGAUGCCGGGCGGGCUCGGCGGCCAAGGGGCGGAGCAAACCCAGGCUCUGAGCGUCAAUCAGCACUCGCGAAGCCCCUCCCUCAAAGUGCGCCGCUACAGUUUUCUCGCUGGCUCGCGGAGAGGGCGUGGCUUCAGCGAAAUUUUCAACUCUACCAUUCUCAACGAUCAUUUCGAUCAGUACACUGCAGCGGACAGUGGAAUCGGUGGCGACGGUUUAGGUAUGGUAAAUUCUAAUAGCAGUAGUCAUAGUAAUAACUCUCAUAGUCAAAGCAACCAUAACCCACGACUGCGCCAGCCGCCCGCCAACCCGUCUCCUGACUCGGGGGUCUCGGACAGCAUGGACGACGACACCAGCAAAAACCGAUCCCUACAGAGAAGGCGCACCAUGCCAUGUAUCGUCGAUGACGUGGAUUCCACGAAAAAGUCUGAGCUUGCAGCCGCCAAACAACAGCUCGUCGAGAGAGAAACAGCACACAGCAGCGAAAACCUCACCAAUAAAAACCCAGACACAUUCAUUAUUGAGAAUGGCAUUCGGAAACGGAUCAGAGCUGAAGUUCAUUCUAAUCCUAACAAAGAGUUAGGCCAGCUUCCAAAAGAAUACAGAAUCAUGGAUACGAACGCGCUGGCAGGUGGCGCUGCAGGGACCGACAAGAGAGGCAGUCUUCCUGACCUCAAGAACGUCACGACUGUGAAGCCAAUGUCGAGGAGAGAAGCGUAUCAGCUGAGCAACGCCAGGCGGGAGGAAAUUCGGCGUCUGCAGGACCUGGCGGAGAGAAGAAGACAAGGGGACAUGUCUGUUAUACUCGGUGAUGUUCGGGACUGGUGUCAAGAACGGCAACUUCUUGUGCUGGUCAUUGCACUCAACUUGAGUUUAGCCACAAUGUUCUUCAAUCUGCUGUCAUGAGGUGGCAAAGGUUUUUUGGAGGACUUUGAACUGAGUCAACAACCCCUAUUUCUUCCCUGCCACGCCCACUUGUCUUGGUACAGUAUCUCUCUCUGGUAGGACCCGACAUGUGACUGCCAAUCAGAUGCUGUGUCUGUCCCCGAGACAGUGGAAUCCUCCGGAAGAUGGCUUUGAUUCAAAGACGAGCUCACUCUCACUGGGAAAUGUGAGCUGGGAGACUGUCAAGUAAAAGCAUUAUUCUUUAUGAACUAACCAGCUUGACAGCAAGAACAUUUAAGAGUCACCUGACAAGAAAGUUUACCAUUUUGUUUGUCAGUUUUAAGUUAUGUGUUUGUUGAUCUGUCAUCCCUGUUACACUUUAGCUCAUUUUUUUUUUCCAAUAGCCCAGAGUUUUUGCACACUUCUUAUGCUUUCUGCAUGUAUUUUUAAAGGACCCAUCGCACCGUAAACAAACUUUUUAUAUGUUUUAGAGCUUGAUCCCGUGAUUCCGAUGAUGUAAGUCUCUGCCGUGCGGUGAACCGCAUUUGAGAUAUUCAAGAUUUUGACAAUUAGAAUGGAUGCCACCCCAAAAAACAACCUUGUUCCAAUCCAUCACACUUGUGAUAUCUGGCUAUGAGGGAAGAAAGUUUCAACUUGUGUAUGAUGCUACUUGUGUGCCGUAAAGCCCUGUUUGCAAAUGCUUUCAGCUGAGUUGGUUUUUUCUAAGGGGGUGGGGACGUUGAAAAAAAUUAUGGAGAAAGCAAUUUUGUAUCAAUUAAAUGAUAUUUCCAUUCUUUUUAGUCUGGCAUUUGUCCUGACAUUUUGUAAUGUGUCUUUCUAAACAAGGCUGAGCAUGACCUUAGAGCUGUUGAAAAAGGCGACUUUUUCUUUAUAGGAACCAUAUAAAUCCAUUGCUUUUUCCAUGGAAAAUUAUGAGCAAGAAAGAAGUUCCUCUAUGUUCUAUGGUUCUGAUGAGAGGUGUUUUGUGCAAAUUGUGUCCCACAUCUUCCUGUACGGAAAUCGGGGUGUAGAAAGAAUGUGUCUGUAAAUAGAUUGUGUUAUGAGUACAAAUGUCAACCAGUCUCUCCUGAGUUAUCCUUAUCCAGUACAAUUUUCUCCACAAGUUGGCCUGCACAGCACGCCAAAGAUUUCACAUGUGUAUCCUCCUAUUUUGUUUUAUUUUACCUUUUUGUUCUUCUUUUUGGAGGUACUACUUUGACCAUGGGCCAAGUACCUUUCUAUGGAAUGAAGUUACCUGGACUCUUCCCCUGUUGUUUAUGAUCACUGGUAGCAUUUCAUUUUUUAAAAACUUUGUCAGCUCAAGAGUAAGGCACUAUCGCUCUCAGAAGGUGGAAUCUUUGUGCAUUUUCAUCAAUGCAUUUUGUGGUUUUGAUUGAUUCCUAUUUCGGUCUUCACCCAUUUCUGUUUUGCUUUGUACAACAUGCUAUUCCUCAUCAAACUUGUUGAAAAAAAUAGUAGCAAUGAAGCCGUAUUCUAAGUGGCAUAUAAAUUCACCUGAAGUCUGAGGAGGUGUCAAACUCACAGAGUUGAAAAGUGCGAUACGCUUCCUUUUGUAUCAGGUAUGUUAAAGCAUGCCUUAUUUGUAUUAUUUUCUCAUUUGCCAAGAAAAGUAUUUGAUUUCCCCAGUGGUUCGAAAAUAUUCAAGUUGUGAUUCAUGAAGUGCCUCAUACGUUGAAAUGCUGUAAUAGCUUUCAAAUAGAUGUGUUUGAUAUGUUUUUUCUGGAGUUGUGUGCUUCAGAAAUGCAUUGUGUUUAGUAAAUUUUAAGAUAAAUGUUUAAUCAACAGCUGGGAGAAAAACCACAAUUCUAUCUUUUUGUAGGACCAAAUUCAGCAAAUAUAUAUAUUAUUAUUGUGAAAAGGGAAAAUAAGCCAGAGCAAUAAAUUUUUUCACAAAAGUACUUUAUGGUUUUAUCUGAGAAUUAUCGGAAGAGCACAGUGUUCAACAUUUCAUCCUGAUAGAUUGCAGAUUCUUUUCAAAAGGAACGGUGAUCUAUUUUUGAAACUUUAUGGCAGAAAUAGUUACUUUUUCACUCUCUGAAUAACAAUGGGGAGAUUUUGAGACUGUGAAGUUGUAAGCAUAGUAUGAUUUCUUUUAUGUUAAGGUUUGUUUGAUUUGAAUAUAGGCGAUCACUAUAUUCACAAUGCAUUACAAAAUCACUUCAGUUGUAUGAAAGCAUGAAUUGCUGUUACAUAUUGUUAAAGUGUGAGAUGUGAUGACUUGAUAAAUGUUGAUGAGCUUUUGCUCAAAGAAUUGUACACUCGUCAAAAAUGUGAAAAUAGUUCACUCUAUCCUUUUUACAUAUUUUUCUCCGAGAAAAUGUUUUAGUCAUUUUCAUUAGUCUUUCCCGGGUGCACUAUAGCAUAGUCUUGACUCCUGACCACAUGUGAUUUCACCCGUGUGAUUUUACAUUGAACUUUGUAUGGUUCAAAUGGUACCGUUGCCAAAGAGCAAAAGCUCAACUAAGUGACACAGGUGAUAAUCGGUUCAGCUUUUUCCUAGUGUAACCUCACUGCUUUUGUAGAUUAAUGUUUUGCUUUUCACACCUUUUCAUCGUGAGAGGAAACGGGAGAUGUGGUAUGAUAUUUUGAUGUAGCCUACUAGCUUGAAAGAUGUGUUAUGAAAUAUUUUGAGUUUUGAGUUUUAUGGGAUGCAAAGCAAUGGUUUAUAUAAUAUAUAGAUUCAUUAUGGUUACUCACUUAUAAAAACUUUUAUUUCAUAAAAUGUGUAACCCAACACAGACCCUAAAGCAUUGGGAGCAGAAAAAUGGUGUUACACAAAAAUUCUCUCACAACUUUGACAAAAAAGUUAAUAAAUAAGAAAGCAAUAGAUUUAAUGCUCUUAAGCUUUAGUCACCUGGUGUUUUGGCAAGUUUAUUCUCGUUAAUAGCUCAUUUUGACAAUGUGUGAGUCAAAGAUUAAAAAAUUACUUUUCCAUGAACGCACGUGUUGAGCGUCCUCCUACAGCAGUUGAUGAAGAAGGCACCCAAAGGCAGCCACCAGCUUGCACAUGACCAGCACCAACUCAUGCAUUUGCUGUCGUCAUCUCUGUAAAGUACCGUGUCCAGUUUGCUGGUCUGCUUUUCACCUAAACUGCAGAUCAUAUAUUGUUUAUACCAGCUGUUAUGAUAAUUCUUUCUUCUCAUAAUACUUAGGACAAUGCCUGUGUGUGUGCUGCAGAGCGCACAAUGUAUACCAUACUGGAUCAAAAUUAGGAAAUUAUAUCUCUUGUACAGGUUUACAAAUAAGGUUUCUCUAUGUAUAAUUGUAGAAUAGAUAAGGACAACUGCACCUUAUUGAUAUCCUUGGAAUCUUUUCAGUCCUGAGAAUGCUUAAAAACUGUAUUUCAGUUAUAGAUAUCAGUGUAAUAAAAUCUUACAGAAUUUCUCACCAUAUAAUUUUGUUGUCUGUGUCUUGCAUUGACUGUUAUCAACUGCAUUUUUCAUUAGCAGUUUGGUUUGAUUUUUUCCCAUUUCUCAAUGAUGUAUGUUAAACUUAUGUAUUUUGUUUCCUUGCAAAAUUGUGUUCCAUCAUGAUUAAUUGGCCAACAGGUCACAAAAGACCUAUGUGGUGAUAAGUGACUGUAAUUAUCAUCUUGCAAAUAUUUGACACUUCAGAAGAAUAUGUUACUGAUGUACAUUAUCUGCAUUUAUAGUAUCUACAUGGUACCAUUUGUUUUGCCAACAACUCGGGCUAAAGAGUAACGUCAGAGGAACUGACUCUCUUCCUGUGUAAAGAGAAGACACUUGUCAGCUGUGUGAUCUUUUCUUGUUUAUGAAUGCUGGAGAUGGAGUAUGAUUCAACAGUUCAAAUAGCUUUAGCCUUUUUGAAAAGGCAUUUGACCCAGAAGAGACCAGACCAUGUGACCCUAUUAAACAAUCAAUGGGAAAAAUACAGGACUCAUCUUAAUUAACUGAUAAGAAUGACUUAAGUCACAGAACACAACAUGUUGUGUCUUCAGUUGCCACCAUUUUCAGUUGUUUUUGGGUUUUUUUUAAAAUAAAACAGCUUCAUUUUUUAUUUCAGGGUUUUUGAGUUUGCUAUGAUGUGAUUAUUUAUGGCUUCAAAGUGUUCUGUGGAGAAGAAGAAUUUAUGUGUGGCUGAAUGGUGAAAAUUUUUGAAUGAUGCUAAGGAAUGGGAAUUGAAAGAGUUUUAUGUUUCAGUGUUUCCACAUUGUUAUUAGUUUUGUCUUUAUUGAUCAUUCAUGGGUUUGUUUCCUUUUUUUUCAUUUUAUAAUUCACCAUACCUGCAUAAUUAUGCUGCUUUAACUCAGAACUUUGACAUUAUGUGAACGAAAUUAUAUUUUAAAGCAAAAUUAGAACUUCAAAUACAAAACUUCUGGGGAAUAGAAUUAUCACUUGCACAUGGUGAAAAUAUGUGCAUAUAUAUUCAGAAUUGCCACUUACAUACCCUCUCGCAUACACAUAAAUGUAUGAAGAGACCCAUUUUUAAAAAAAAUUAUCUUUAUUUCUAUGUAUGCAUUAGUUCAUGUUAAUCCACCUGUCUUUUUAUCUUUUGCCUGAUCCUCUCUCUAUGUUUCUCACUCCUUCUCUCUCAAGGUCAUUGUGAUUUUUCAACAUUGUUCAGUGAAAGAAACAAACCAUAGUAAAGCAGAGGAAAGUUGUUUGUAAAGAAAAAAAGGCAAGUGAAUUUGGGCUAACUUAUAUUUAUACCCAUAUCCACUUAAACUGUUCAUAGAUUCCAUGAUCUUAGUGCAAAUAGUCGUUCUUUAAAAUGAUGAUAAACGUAAGGAAUAUUCUAAAUUGAACUUUUCCUGUUUUGACUCACCUCUGAAAGUUUUUCCUCUGUGCAUUUGUAAAUUGCCAGACUCAUCAGGAACUCAUCAGGAACUCAUCAGGACUGGCAGAUCACAAAGCACUAUUGGUGUUCCCAGUGAAAAUUUUUUGUAGAAAAAAAUGUUUAAUAGGACAUAAAAAGUAACCAAAUCUGACACUUACUCCUGUUUGUGAAAUCAAGACCAAUCAAGCGUGAUGUUAAGUGAAAUUGAAAGUAUGUUUUUGUUCUUGAGCCUUGAGGUUUUGUGUGUUUUGUUUGGAUUUUUUUUUUAUGGUUUUCUUUUUCCUUUUAUAUGAAUUCCAUUCCCAUUAGGAGUCUCACGUUACAUUCUGCAGUGAUGACAUGAAUCUUGAGCAGUCUGCUUGGUAUGGAAUAAUCAUGAAUUUUGUAGAAUGUAUACAAGUAUUGGCAAGUUGAAGGUGUAAAUACAUUUGCCCUUACAUAGAACGACACUACUGAGGGGUGCAUGUGGCCUAUAUGGAGUGGCAUAGACUUAAUAACCUUUUGUUUGAUUCUUUACUUAUUUUGUAAAAGUAAACUGUUGUGUUUGAUAAUAUAAUACAUGGCCCCAUUAUGGUAUGAAUGUGUGGUUUACCAGUGCUGUAAAAGCCCUGACCACAAAUGCCUAACAUCAUGUAGUAAGUGAACCUUUUCAUCAACAUUUAUGUUACCAGCACCCACAUUUACAAAACUUCGUUUUAUGUCCCACAGUAACUAUUUGCCCCCUUUCUUUUGCAUGGUUUGAAUAGUUGAGGCCUUCAGAUAUGGAGGUUAGCAUUUUUGUGUUAUUUCUUCCUCCUCAAAUCUCCUCUCUCAUCUCAUCUUACCUUCCCUUCCUCCAAACUGGAUUAGAUUUUAAAGCUUCUCAAAAGCGUUUUAAAACACUGAAGUGUUGAAAAGACUUAUACUUAGUUUCUGAAUAGGAGAUGAAAUCUGUUUCUCAAUCAUGAAUUGUAGGUUGAGCUAUAAGUGUGAUUUAUCUAUUUAUUUAUUUAUAAACAUACUGAAUGGUCUUUCUGAGAAAUUAUAGUGCUGUCAAAAAGAGGCAGUACUUUCAUGGGAGACUGAAAUGUCAAAAUGAGAAAUGAACGUUGCAAUGUGGUGAUGUUUUGUGUAUAUAGCUUACCUUUAGUGUACAUAGGUGCUCAAUACCUUCCUUCCCUGAUGCUCAUGCAUGCUUGAUAGUUUUAUACACUUUUAUUGAAACUUCCUUCUUGCUGUCCCUUUCUCCUUGACCUUCCUUAUUACUGAGUUGGGAUGAAUUCAAGAUGUUUUCUGUUGUGUGUUUGUCCUGAAGAAUAAUAUCGAUCUAAGGUUUCUGUCUUUCUAAAACAAACAAAGAGUGCCCAACUUUUGAAAAAGAGGUAGUUGAGUUUUGUCAGCGAAUUUCUUGCGUUGCAUUUUUAAUGUUUUAAUUUACUUACAACAAUGUUGUGAAGGGUUCUCAAAUUUUGCAGAAAUGUUAGGAGCCCAUGUGAGAUUAUUAUAAAUUUGGAAGUUAUGCAGAUCAGCAUAAAGUCCUCGUAAAGAAGCAAAGACAGAAAGGGUAUGCACUUUCCAAAUAUAAAAUUACAGAAACCCAUGACUGUGUCUCAAUUGUGCUGUUCUUGCUACCGUGUCACUUUUUUCUUUAGAUUUUAGUUUUACUUUUGUGCAUCGCAACCAUUCAGCACUUCUGAUUUCACAUCAUGUUAUACUAUAUCUUGAUCCAAUGAAUGCAAUGUACUGCCAAGGCAACUAGACAAUUAUGCCAAGUUCUGAACAUCAACAGUUUUCAGUAAACUCUUUUAAGUAAAAACAGUUAAAGGCACAUACACUUUAUGUGUGCGAUUUUUAUUCUUUUCAAAUCCGAGUAUUUGAAGUGGCAAUUACAGAUUUUCCAGUUAAGUGGGUCUAGAUACAUGUGUGAUAUUUAUUUUUCAUCCUUUCAAAAUCGACUGGUAUGUCUAUGGUUUUUGUAUUACUACACUCUGUUUCAUAAAUACAUUAGGGGUUUUAUGUGCAAACGUAGGGUAAGUUCUAGAACAUUUAUGACGGAAAAAUCAUGAGAAAUUCAAAUUCUUUAAACUGCUUGUAGAUUGUCAUGUUCAAGAUAACUUUUAUUUUAGAAAACGAAAAGACACAAACAACACUGGUAUGAAUGUUUUCAGCUUGGUGUGAAUUCUGACAAAAAGUUAUGGCAUGAAAGGCUACUAUAUAGAGGAAGUUUGGCUUACAUUUAUCAACAUAAAUUUAUUUGUCAGUUCGACCAGUACAAAGUUUCUGUUAAAUUUCCAGAUUUCCCUAAACCCACCGCAUCAGAAGAUGUUGCCUGUAAGUUGAAAUGACAUACAGUAACACAGUGACCCAUUUUGUAUGCCAUGGGUCCAAGUCUAAGAAUUUUAGAGCCGCGCUAGUUUCAACAAACAGCUCGCAAUAAUAUGAAAUUGUUUUGGUCAAAGUGUCUGCACCAUGAAACGAGCAGCUGCUUGGAUUGAGAAAAAUGUAUAAAGCUUGCUCACAUUAUAAAGUUUUAGGCAAAGUCCAUGUUUGGCUCAUUCUAUUAGGGUUUGGGGAUUUGUUUUUCUGGAUACCAUGUUGAAUACUUCUACCCUCCCCUCAUGAAUCAUUUUUUAUGAACGGAAAAUGCGAUUAUGUGAUCAAAAAGCUUAUUUCCUUAGAACAUACACAAAAAUGGUUCAUAUGCCGCAAGCCAUGUAUUUUAUUACACCAUGCAGGCAAAGUUUGGAUGAAUGUAUGAUAAAAUUAUGUGGCUUAGGUAUUUUUGUUACCCAUAUGGGUAAACAUCAAGUACCGUUUUCAGACUUCACUGCGUAUUUUGUUUAACUACGUAACUGAUGCCACAAGUGUUUGGAUUCCCUAUAAUGUAUAUAUAUAUAUUUAUAUAUACCCGUAUAAUAAGCUUACUUCCAAAGUAUGCCUGUUGUUAGUUUGGUUUCCUUUUUUUUUGUGUUUCCCCCCCCCUUCCCUCCUCUUCCUUUCUUAAUUGUUUUCAUGUCUGCCUGAGUUCACUUUCUAGUAAAGAGUGCCAAGCAGCCAGCAGUACUGAUGACACGACUACUGGUAAAUAAUUUAAUAAAUUUGCCCUUUUACCUUA